GUCUCGCGAUAUCUCACGCGUGAACUCCGUCCCUCCAAACCAAAACAAAGAGGUGUAGUUUGGUGGAGCUGGUGGAGCUGAUGGAGGAUUUCUACAUGAACUCAGGCCGUGUUUUCUUCUUUAACCUUCUGAGCGGAUCCUCUGAGCGGGCGCACAGACUCGGGAUGUGACCUGAGCAGUGUAGUUUGACGAUGAUGCUGCUAAUAAGAGGGCUCUUGAACGCAACACGACCACACAACGGAGGGGAGCUUCCGGUAGUGUGCACGUGAAGGCAGCAUCGCUCUGAUUCGGUCCAGCACGCGGCCAUUCACAGUUCACGGUCCCUCCGGUGACUCCCGGUGACUCGCCGGUGCGCCGCUCUUUGUGAGCUCCGGAGAGGGUCGGGGAGGUUGUAAGGAGGCGAAGGCGGGCUUGUGCGUCCAGGCAGCGGGUUGAAGUCCGGGUCGAGUCCGUGAUGAAGUUGGAAAGUGAUGAGCAGCGAGGAUGCUGAAGCCGCCGGCAAGCCCGCUUUGUUCGGAGGAGCUCCGGGCUUUUGCGCCGCUGUCAUCCCGCAGCUCAUCCCCUGCUGCUUUGUCUUCACCUGGCCGUCUGAGAACGAGCGCGACCGACAGUGUGGUUUGUCAGUUCUGGACUGCGACCAGCAGCAGCAGCAGCAGCAGCGGGUCAACGCCAUGAGUCUGUACAGUGCUGGUAACGGGGCCGGUGCCAGCAGCAGCAGCAGCAGCAGUAGUAGCAGUAGCGGUGGCGGCGACGGUGCCGUUGGAGGCACGAGAGACCGAGGAGGAGCAGAACAUUACCGGGAGCAACGGCGGCGCUCCAGCGACCGAUCCCGUGACUCCUCUCACGAGCGAGGGGAGAGUCAGCUGACGCCGUGCAUCAGGAAUGUGACGUCACCCACUCGGCAGCACGACCGUGAACGCAGCGACAGAGGCUCGUCCUCCAGGUCCUCCAGUCCGCGUCCCCCGAGGGUUUCCCUUCCCUAUUCCCACAUCGGAGGCGCCCUGAUCGGGGGACACGUACCUCGGGCUCUGGGUCCUCCCGGAGUGGACCACCACUCCAAGCCGCUCGGCUCAGGACUGUGUGACAUGAUCUACGUGUACGACCUCAGCAGCAAAGAGGGGCACCGCAGUGGACUGAGACUGGGAGAACGAGUGACGCUCAUCGUGGAUAAUACAAGAUUCGUGGUGGACCCCGCCAUCUUCACAGCUCAACCCAACACCAUGCUGGGCAGGAUGUUUGGCUCCGGGCGGGACAACAACUUCACGCGACCCAACGAGAAAGGAGAGUUCGAGGUGGCCGACGGCAUCAGCUCCACCGUCUUCAGAGCGAUCCUGGAUUACUACAAGUCGGGGAUAAUCCGCUGCCCUGACGGCGUCUCCAUUCCCGAGCUGAGGGAGGCAUGUGACUACCUCUGCAUCUCCUUCAACUACAGCACCAUCAAGUGCAGAGACCUCAGCGCCCUCAUGCACGAGCUGUCCAACGACGGUGCCCGGCGUCAGUUCGAGUGUUACCUGGAGGAGAUGGUGCUGCCGCUGAUGGUGGCGAGCGCUCAGAGCGGAGAGCGGGAGUGUCACGUGGUGGUGCUGACCGACGACGACGUGGUGGACUGGGACGAGGAGUAUCCUCCACAGAUGGGAGAGGAGUACUCGCAGAUCAUCUACAGCACCAAGCUGUACCGCUUCUUCAAGUACAUCGAGAACAGAGACGUGGCCAAGUCCGUGCUGAAGGACAGAGGACUGAAAAAGAUCCGACUGGGGAUAGAAGGCUACCCGACCUAUAAGGAGAAGGUGAAGAGGCGUCCUGGAGGUCGUCCGGAGGUCAUCUACAACUACGUCCAGCGUCCCUUCAUCCGCAUGUCCUGGGAGAAAGAGGAAGGGAAGAGCCGCCACGUGGACUUCCAAUGUGUCAAGUCCAAGUCCAUCACCAACCUGGCCGCGGCCGCCGCAGACAUCCCCCAGGACCAGCUGGUGGUCAUGCAACCUCCGGGGCCGCAGGUGGAUGAGCUGGACACUCUGCCGCAGCCGGCAGGUGCCAACGACCCCUACCAGCCGCCGCCACCGCCGCUCGGGCCGGGGCUGGAGAACAACGCGGGCCCUCAGCUAGCGCAAGGUUACGAGGGCCCGAGCCAGCAGGUUCAGGACAGUCCGAGCCAGGCGGCGCACAGCCUGGCCCACGGCAACAACCAGCAGCAGCAGCAGCACGGCGGCAGCCACACUCAGGCCUCUUACCACUACGAGCCGGACCUCUCAAGUGACCACUUGUGAUCGGAUCUCACCCCCCUCCACCCCGUCACUUGAUAUGCAAAUGAACACAAACAUCAUUCUCAUUUGCAAAGACAGAAUGCUUCGUUGUUUUUUACCGGCAGCUCAACAGAAGUCGCCGCCACACCGGGACAAACGGUGUGACGCGAUAAAGUUCACAGAAAGGCCGCACAGAGUUUCGUCACUCAACAACUAAAAAAAAAAAUGCACGAUUUUAUUAAGGCACGGUGAACCAAGCGGGAAUCAGACGGCGUGUUUCGUGCGUUCUUGCGGGAUGUCAGUUGAGUGGGCGGUCCUUCUACAAAGGACCACGACGAGCGGUUUGAGUGAUCUGAUCACGACGUGCCUCGGCGGUCGUUAGUACAACCCCGAUUCCAAAAAUCUUUUUUCAAGACGAGAUGUUUAAUGUUCAAACUGAUGAACUAGAAAUCUGUAUUUAUCUGUGGUAAACACGGACAGCUGAUCACGUGUAUUUGUUCUGAUUACAGUGACGUUAACUGAUCCAUGAUACUAAUUCACGUAUUGUCCAGCUCCUGUUCUAGCACGACACUGGCUCCGGGCCUGUAAACCUCCUCUUCAUCUCCUGUGGUACAACACUAACACUCCCUCGGUGCUCUGAGCUCACAAACAAACUGAGCUAACAGCAGCUACAGUUUACUUCACUGUCCAUCAGGAAACUCUGUAAAUCAGAGACUUUUUUUGGACUCGGGGUUGUAUUUGUGAUCGAUCACUCUCGUUGAUGGCGAACUUCACAGUCCGUCCACAAACUGUAGUUCGAAGCACAGAAACCUGAAGCACACAUACAGAUCAACCCUCUCAGCAGAAAUCAAAGCACUCCUCCUCCUCCUGCUCCUCCUUCACCUCCUCUUUCUCCUCCUGAGUGGCGAAACACCACUUUGCCUUCAGUUGCACCUCCGAACGAACAGGAACUAUUUCAGCAGCCAAAACGAUGGAUGACGCUCAUCAUCAGCUCUUUGUUUUUUAAUUUAAUGUGACCAAAGGAGAGUUCAUCUGUACGCAUGUGCUGUAUUACAUUAUAAAGAACUGUGUGUGUGUGUGUGGGAUACUGUACCUCACUGGGAAAGUGGAUUUCAGUGCCUCUUCAUCAUUUUAUUUGCUUGUUUCUUUAAGUUGUCUGUGAUGUUUCCUGGCGCAUGUGAAGGCCUUCGUUAAAGGUUUAUGUUGUUUGUUUUUUUUAAAGAAAAUGUUCCUUCUGUUCUUUAAAGGUCCGGUGUGUGAGAUUUAGGAGGAUUUAUUGGCUAAAUAUGGAAAAAUACUCGUCAUAAGUUUGAUUUUGUUACCAUAGAAAUGGACUUUAUUCCACAGACGUAGCGGGUCCUCUUCUACGGAGUCCGCCGCGUUUUCUACAGUAGCCCAGAACGGACAAACCAAACACAGGCUCAUGGUUUUUCACGAGUUUCGUACCCGCUUUAGGUUCUCCCACUAGCUUGCAAGAGGUGAGGGGUGUUCAUUUGGUUGCAAUCUGCAAGUUUGCUGAAUGUCACACACCGGACCUUUAAACAGUCGGUUUGGUUCCCUGGUUUACGUCGAGUCGUUGUUUUCACUCGUUCGGCUGAGCUGCACAGGUUCAUCGUGGCCACCGCUGCCACUGCUGCUGCGAGCACACACGAUGUCAGAAGAGAUGUUGAACACAAUGUUUUGUUUUUGUUUUUUAAUAAAUGAUAUUCACAAAAA